AUGUCAACUCCAAUUGAUUUUUAUAAAUUUGAAGGAGAUGAAGAAUUUCUUUUGAAAAUGAUACAAAAAGAAAUUUAUUCCAAGAAGGAGAGAGAACAUGCAGAACAAGAGUUUUAUAAUCACGUCGAAAAUAAUUUAUUUAAUAUUUUAAAUUUAAUUACUAAAAAUAUGAAUAUUUCGGAAUUGGGAAAAUUAGACUCUCGAGAUUUGUUGAAACUCAUCGAGAAGUAUAUCAAUGAAGAUCAUAGAAAUGAAGAAAAUUGA